UCCCAGUUGGCCCAGUGGGAGCGGGGCUGCGGUGCUGGGCGAGAUGCGGGGCAAGGACGACGAGUACGAUUAUCUCUUCAAAGGGACUUCCCAGCUCGUGGGCUGGACCAGCAGCUGCAGAGGAGGAUGCUUCCUUCCAGACCAUGUCUUUGAGUCCUCCAGAGUGCCCUCAGGGCUGGCAAGAGGAGCCCCAGCUCUGCCUGGCUCUCCCCACACAGUCGUGCUCAUCGGGGACUCGGGGGUGGGGAAGAGCAACCUCCUGUCGCGCUUCACCCGCAAUGAGUUCAACCUGGAGAGCAAGAGCACCAUCGGGGUGGAGUUUGCCACCAGGAGCAUCCAGGUGGACAACAAGACGGUGAAGGCUCAGAUCUGGGACACGGCGGGGCAGGAGCGGUACCGGGCCAUCACCUCGGCGUACUACCGGGGGGCGGUGGGGGCUCUGCUGGUCUAUGACAUCGCCAAGUACCUGACGUACGAGAGCGCGGAGCGCUGGCUGAAGGAGCUGCAGGACCACGCCGACGCCAGCAUCGUCAUCAUGCUGAGAAGAACGGGCUGUCCUUCCUCGAGACGUCCGCUCUGGAUUCCACCAACGUGGAGACGGCUUUCCACAACAUCCUCACAGAGAUCUACCGCGCCGUGUCCCAGAGGCAGAUCAGCGGCCAGCCCGAGCCCGAGCUGGGCGCCUCCAGCGCCAUCGAGCCCAUCCGGGUGCUGCCCACGCAGCAGGAGGCCCGGCAGGCGCCCUGCUGCCAGAACCUCUGAGCCCCGGCCGCCCCCAGCCUCCAGCUCUGCCCUCCGCAGCUCCCCUCCGUCCUCCUGCCCGCUCUGCUCUGCUCUGCCCGCAGCACCAGCAAGGACCGGGCCGUGUCCCCCCUGUCCCCACGGCCGGGAGCGUCAGCGUGCCGUCCCCCGUGUCCCUGCUCCCUCUAGCCCUGCAGGCGCUCACCGGGUGGCUGGGUGGCACCGAACAGCCCGGACACGUCUGGUGACACCCUGUGUGCAGCCCGUGGAGGGGACACUGGCUGCAUCCUUCUGCCUGGCGAGGCCAGCGGGGAUGCAGCCAGCUGUGCCCUGCCCUGCCCUGCCCUGCCCUGCAGCACGGAGAGCUGUGGGUGCUGCUGGGGCCAGGGUGGGGUGUGUGGGGGUGAUGAUUUUGUGUUGUGACCCCCUCCCUGUGACGUGACCCCAGCAAAGGGAAAAGCUGUGACUCUUCCGUGGAAAGAGAUGGGGGCAGGGGCCUUUGGGAAGCCCUGAGGAGGGGACAAGGGGCACCAGGGAUUUGGGGGGCAGAGGGUGGGAGCCAGUGUCAGCACUGGGGACCCCCAGCAUGGCCUGGCCCUUCCUGCUGGAGGGUUUGGCCACCGUGGGUGGUGGCUGCAUGGCCCAGCCUGGGGCACAGCACCGCUGGAUGGGGUGUCCUGCACUGCUGGGGUGGCAGUGGCAUUGUCCUCUGCACCCCGCAGGGUGGGCAUCACCCAGGAUGCUGGGACAGGCUGUGCUGAGCCCCGUGCUGCACUCAGGGGUGAUUGGCAGGUGUCAGCCAAGAGGGGUGCAGCUGGGAAAGCCUGGCCAGUACUGGGAGUGUGGCCCCUGCUGCAGUGUGGGGUUUUGGGGGGGUCUCUUUCUCUCCACAGCUGCCCCCAGUCUCUGCAUCUCACUUGGCUGUGCCAGUAGGAUCUGGGCCAGGGUUCCCCCUUGGGGCAUGAUUUAUCAAUGAAAUAGAAACUGAGGCAAAAUCCCCAAAUAAAGCUGCU